UCUCUCCGGGGGGAUCUGUGCUGAGUCGCCGGGAAUGAGGCAGUAAACCGGUCCGAUGAUCAGAUGGAGAUCAAACUUUGGAUUCUUCUGUUUUUCCUUCAGAGUCACGAAUGGAGCUGCGGGACCGGCGUGUUCUUCACCAAGCACCCGACCAACCAGACGGUCUCCCAGGGCAACGCUGCUCGGCUGGGUUGUGCGGUCCAGGCUUUGGGGGAUAACGACAUCGUGUGGAUGAAAGACGGAGAGAAGCUUUACAGCACCGACCAGAUGUUCAUCAACCUGGGAGAACAUCACUGGGAGACGUUCCACAGUGUGAAGUCGGUGCAGCAGCAGGACGCUGGUCAGUACUGGUGUGAAGUCGAGUUUGAUGGUGAGACGUUUUCCUCUGAGAGAGCCUGGAUCACUGUGGAAGGUGUGCCUCACUUCGUGCAGGAGCCAGCAGACGUAGCGACGUUCCCCGGCGUUCCCUUCAACCUGACGUGUGCGGCGGUCGGCCCCCCCGAGCCGGUGGAGGUUCUGUGGUGGAUCGGAGGGAGGCCGGCGGGGAACGCGGAACCGUCUCCCUCCGUCCUCCACGUCACAGGUGUGAACAGCAGUGUGAAGUUUUAUUGUGAAGCUAAGAACCUCAGAGGAAUCUCAGUGUCCAGAACAGGAACCGUCCACAUUAAAGUGUUGCCGUCGGCGCCGGUUGAGCUGCGGGUUCUGGAGAUGGAGGACAACAAUGUCACGUUGUCAUGGAAACCAGGAGUCACAGGACACUCAGACCUGUCCAGCUGCAAAAUCCAGGUGAGGCAGUCAGCUGGGAGGCUCAGAGCGAGGCAGCAGGAGGUGCAGCAGGAGGUGCAGGUUCCUCCUCACAGGCUGCAGCUGUCUGCUCUCUACAGUCACAGGAACUACAGCUUCAGAGUUUCCUGCAGCAACGAGGUGGGAGAGUCUCCUCCCUCCACCUGGCUCUCCUUCCUCACCCCUCAGUCAGUUCCGUCCGCAGCUCCCAGGAAUCUGACCUUUGACCUUUCAGACAAGGGGCUGACCCUGAGGUGGGCGGGGCUUCAGGAGGAGGAGCUUCAGGGCAAACUGCUGGCCUACAAGCUGCAAUGGAUUCUGGGAGGAGAAGUGCAGGAACCUCUGCUGUUUAAGGAAACGUCAGCGCUGCUCUCUGGAGGAGGACGAUUCUUCAACGCUUCCUUUCAGGUGUCGGCGUGCACGGUGGUGGGAUGUGGACCCUGGAGCCGAGCGGUGCUGGUGCUGCCUGCAGCAGUGAAGGUCUCGGUCCAGCGGAGCCACAUGUGGGUGGGGCUGCUGCUCGGACUGCUGGUUGCCACGGUGACGGGUCUGCUGCUGACCGCACUAGCCCGCCGCCGAGAGAAAGAAACACAGUUUGGCUCCGUGUUCGAGUCUCGAAGUCCAGAAAGUUCCGUUUCCUUCAGAGCGGCUCGGUCCUUCAACAGAACCUGCACAGACCUGCCGGAGUCCACCUUGGACAGUCUCUGCAUCAAUGAUGACCUGAAGAACAAACUGCAGGACGUGUUGAUCCCAGAGAGGCAGCUCACCCUGGGACACAUGCUGGGGAAAGGUGAGUUUGGCUCCGUGCGUGAGGCCUACCUGAAGACUGAUGACUCCUCGGUGCAGAGAGUCGCCGUCAAAGUGCUGAAAUCUGACAUCACCUCAUCAGGUGACAUCGAGCAGUGUCUAAAGGAGGCGGCUUACAUGAAGGACUUCCACCAUCCCAACGUCAUCCAGCUCAUAGGAGUGAGUCUCCAUCGGCGGGUCAGUCAGCGGUUGCCGGUGCCGAUGGUUGUUCUCCCGUUCAUGAAACACGGCGACCUGCACACCUUCCUGCUGCUGAGCCGGCUGGGGGAGCAGCCCUUCGACUUGCCUCUGCAGACUCUGGUCCAGUUCAUGUUGGACAUCUCUCGGGGGAUGGAGUACCUGAGCAGCCGGAGCAUCAUCCACCGAGACCUCGCCGCCAGGAACUGCAUGCUGGAUGAGAACAUGUCGGUGUGUGUCGCAGACUUCGGGCUCUCUAAGAAGAUCUACAGCGGAGAUUAUUACAGACAAGGAUCCGUCUCCAAGCUGCCCGUCAAGUGGAUCGCUCUGGAGAGCCUCGCUGACAACGUCUACACAACACACAGCGACGUGUGGGCGUUCGGUGUGACCAUGUGGGAGAUCAUGACUCGGGGUCAGACUCCGUAUCCCGGUGUGGAGAACUCAGAGAUCUACGAGUAUCUGAUCAAAGGAGAGCGGCUGAAGAAACCUGCCGACUGCAGAGAGGACAUCUAUGAGCUCAUGCACAGCUGUUGGAGUCCGGUUCCUAAAUGUCGGCCCAGCUUUCAGCACCUGGUGGUCCAGCUGGAGGCGCUGUGGCUCAGCCUGUCCCCUGCCCCCCCGCUGAAGGAGCCCUUACUCUACGUCAACCUGGAGGGGGAGGAGGGGGGUCCGGGGAGAGGGGGGGCAGCGGGGGUGGGCUGGGCCGUCCCCUGGCAGCGGCGGGCGGAGGACGAGGAGACGGACUGGUUGAUGGUGGGAUCGGGCGCCGCGCUCGCCAUCGGGGGGGAUUACAGACUUGAAUGUGACGUCUGACGUCUGACCUGCUCGUCUACCGACGUCUGACCUGUCCGUCUACCGACCGUCUGACCUGCUCGUCUACCGACCGUCUGACCUGCUCGUCUACCGACCGUCUGAACUGUCCGUCUACCGACCGUCUGACCUGCUCGUCUACCGACCGUCUGACCUGCUCGUCUACC